AUGGCCGAAGCAGUCAAGGCGGCGGCCGCGCGCCAAUUACCAUCCUUUAGGCUUGGUCAGAAGCAGGUCUAUCUGCCAACGCACAUCAUCACCAUGCUACACAAAGAGCAUCUCCCCGCGAACGAAGCCUGCUUCCAGGUGCCCCUCACAUUUACGAAAUUCGAUCUCCGCGACUACCUGUGGAACCUCUACAACGUCGAGGUCAAGACGGUGCGGUCGUACGUCAAGGGGCGGCCGCUGGCGGAGCGCCCGAACCGCGCGGGCUCGACGUACCGGCCGCAGGCGCUCAAGAUCAUGACGGUCGAGCUCGCGCAGCCGUUCCAGUGGCCGGCGUUGCCCGAAAACCGCGAGCCCUGGAACCACGAGCUGUUUGAGAUGCGCGAGAAGUCGGCGGAGCAGCGCCGCGAGGACCAGUACAACGCCGCAAACAAGAUCAUCCCGAUGGCGAGCCGCCAGCCCAAGUCCAAGGAGCGCAAGGAGCUGGCCAACCUAGCAAAGGACCUGCUGACGGGCAAAAAGAAGUGGUCGAACCAGGUGCAGCUCGACUCCAAGUGGGACGCGAUUGUGCAGGAGGCGGCGGGCAGCACGCCUAGUAACGCGAAGACGGCGACCGCUGCAGAGGAGAUUGCCAUGGCCAAGGAUGCGAAACAGGGCAGAACGGAGCCGAAGCCUGCGCAAUAA